CUUGACUUGGAUCAUGAGGUUUCACACAAUGAUCGAGACUUCUCUCUUUUAGCUCAUUGGCUUGUACCGCAUGUACCGACGACCACGCUGAUGAUCUCUCUACCUUGUUCGAUCCAAUCAUGGACUUUUCCUUUGGACAUUUCUCUAAGGCAAGGAUCCUUAAGCUAUCAGAAGACUUGGGUUUUGUUGGAACGCAACUUGUCCGAUCAGAACGCCCCGCGCCCUUAGCAGAACGUCCCGCGGCCCUUGCUAAUCGUCCCGCCAAUGUGACUGUCCUUACCGCCUUGGACUUAGCCGGUUCAGAUGAAUCUGGAUGGAAGCCGGUCAGUCACAUUAAUUAAUCUUGUCUUUAUUUUUGUUUAAUGACUAGAUGUAGAUCUAGAUCUACUUUUCUAUUUAAUUCCUAAAUCUACAAAAAUAAGUACGAAACUCUUUCAUUUUAAUAGAUCAGAAAUCGUUUUCGUCUAAAGUUUGAGUUAAACUCUUUGUUCUUCGUUUAGAACUUAUUCUUAGUUUCUUGGUGAGUCAUAUCCAAGUAAACACUUCCUCAAAUCGUUGGUCUUGUGCGUCAUAUCAAGCAACGACGAGAGAUUCUUCAUUUUGGUGGACUUGUGAGUCAUAUCAAGCACCAUCUGAAGUCGGGAAUAUCGAAGGCCAUUCUGCAACCUUUGUGCGACCCUUCAAUCCAUCCAGUUCUCCAUCUGGAGUUUAUAUCCAAAUCUGAUCCAUUCGAGUGAGCCGAUCUUAGGGUCCUUCAAGUGGUAUCAGAGCCACUCGUUUGGUAUCUUCUAAAUCAUUCAUCUUUCUCAUCUUCCAUUUCUUCAUAAACACUCUUCAUCUAUCUAUCUUGAAUCCGGGCCCCUCAUUACCAUCCUCUAUCUAUAAAAAAAAAAAAUCUAUGUAUAAAAAAAAAAGAAAAAAAGAAUUCAAAAAGUUUGAUUUGUGGAUUGGUGGUGGAAGAGAAAGCCUGCUGGUUGAAGAUAAAUCCAGCCUUUGAGGUGGUUAAAACGGAUUCCCAAAACCAACAAUCUCUUAUCUUUCUCUCUUUUAAAAUUUCCUUGUGUUUGCUUGGAUUUUGUCCAUUGAGUUUCUUUGAUUUGUUCUUCUUAGAACUUUGAGUGAAAACUUGUGGUGUGACCAUCCAAAUUCUGAGAGAAACACGUGUGUGGGUGAGGAUCAAACACUUGAGAGAGUGAGCAUUUUCAUCUAACAUUUUGUGUUUAAGAAAUUUCAGGAACCAUGAGUAGUGAUGAUGAACGGAACCGUCCCGGAAACUCAGUUGCCGGAUUGUCUAACCUUCAAAUGCGUGCUUUGAAUGAUUCUAUGUCUAACAUGUUGAACGCAGGUUUAGAUCAGAUCUAUCAGAGGCUUGAUGAGCUCCAGGCCAGCCAAGCUCCUUCUAGAGCCGGAGCAAGAAGAGACCGUUCGCGUAGGAACACUCGGUCCGACGAUGUGAUCCGAGAGGAGGAUGAUCAAGAGGACGAGGCCAGAUCAGCAUACCGUCCAAGAAGAGGUCCUAGAACCCGAGAUACAGGUGAUGUCAAUCCUUUUGCUAGAAAUGAACGUACUAAUGGUAGCCUAAGUGGAUUGAAACUAUAAAUCCCACCUUCUGAGGGUAAAAAUGAUCCUGAUGUUUUUCUUGAAUGGGAAAGAAAAAUUGAAUAUGUCUUUGAUUGUCAAAACUUUUCUGAACUUAAGAAAGUUAGACUAGCUGUUACUGAAUUCUCUGGCUAUGCUAUUAAUUGGUAUGAUGAAGUUGUGACCCUUAGGAGGAGAACAGGUGAGAGAUCGAUUGAGACAUGGUAUGAGUUUUCCAUGCUGAUGAGGAGACGAUUUGUUCCUGCUCAUUAUCACCAAGACCUCCACCAGAAACUCAGACGCUUGCUUCAAGGCACUAAGUCCGUGGAAGACUACCACCAGGAGAUGGAAACUUUGAUGAUCAAGGCUGAUGUAGACGAGCCCAGGGACGCCACUAUGGCUAGGUUCCUCUCUGGCCUUAACCGAGAUAUCCAAGACCGCAUGGAGCUUCAAGAGUAUGGUAGUGUGGAACAGAUGCUACACAAGGCCAUCUUGAUCGAACAACAAGUUAAGAGGAAGAGUUUCUUAAAGCCGGCCAUUACCUCUAAACCGGCCUACUCUCCUAGACCGGGUUUUGCUCCUAAGCCAAGCUACCAAGACAAAGGUAAGUAUUCUUCCACAACACAUAAUGCUUUUAAAACUGAUGUCCCUGCUCGUGAUGAUAAAGGAAAUGCAGUUGAUACUUCUGGCCGAGCAAGAGACAUUAGGUGUUUCAAAUGUCAAGGUCUAGGACAUUUUGCCAAAAACUGUCCCAACCAACGAGUGAUGAUUCUUACGGAGAAUGGAGAAGUUGAAUCUGAGGAUGAGCAGGAGAACAAAGAAGAUCUUCGUCCUAUCUUUGAUGAAGAGGACGAGUCCUUUCGAUAUCCGCAUCAAGGGCCACUACUCGUUGCUAGGAAAGGCAUGGUCGAGUCUAUUUUCGAUGAGACGGACGAUCGCUUGGUAGAUGGUACCAACCCAGCCUUUGAUCAUGAGUCCGACCCGAUCUAUGAUGAGGAGCCUUGCUUUGACUAUCCAGCUCAUGGUCCUCUACUUGUCAUAAGAAGAACUCUGAGUGUCCAACCCAAAAACAAUGAAAAGGAACAAAGGGAGAAUAUCUUUCAUUCUCGAUGUUUAGUUUCUGAAAAGGUUUGCUCUUUGAUUAUUGAUGGUGGGAGUUGUACUAAUGUUGCUAGUGACACACUUUUCAGGAAACUAGGACUUGCUACUCGGCCUCUUUCUCGUCCUUUCAGGUUGGAAUGGCUAAACGAGGCUGGAGAACAGUAUGUGAAAGAGCAAGUCACUGUCCCUAUUACCAUUGGCCGAUAUGAGGACGAGGUCGUUUGCAACGUUCUUCCUAUGGACGCAUGCCACAUUCUCUUAGGCCGGCCAUGGCAAUUCGAUAAGAGAGCCGUGCAUGAUGGCUUCACAAACCGACACUCCUUUGAUCAUAAAGGGAAGAAGAUCACGCUUGUUCCUUUGACACCUUUGGAGGUUCAUAAAGAUCAGAUCCAGCUCAAGAGGAACCGUGACAAGGAAACAAAGCCAGAUGAACCUGAAUCAUCCCAACAGAACUCCAAUUUCUAUAUCAAACAAAGUCAGGUCAAGAGAUCUCUUUACUCUCAAAAGCCAUUUCUUUUACUUGUGUACAAAGAAUCUCUUAUGGCUUCUUCUUCUGACCUUGCACCGGCGAUUCCGAGUGAACUUUUAGAUGUUUUGCAGAAGUAUUCUGAUGUUUUUCCAGAUGAGAAUCCUAAGGGAUUACCUCCAGUACGAGGCAUUGAGCAUCAGAUCGACCUUGUUCCAGGCGCGUCUUUACCAAACCGGCCAGCUUACCGUACCAAUCCGGUAGAGACCAAGGAACUUCAGAAACAGAUUGGUGACCUUCUUGAGAAAGGUUACAUCCGGGAAAGCCUCAGUCCUUGUGCCGUUCCUGUCCUUCUCGUGCCCAAAAAGGAUGGUUCUUGGCGCAUGUGUGUGGACUGCCGUGCCAUCAACAACAUCACGGUAAAGUAUAGGCAUCCCAUCCCUAGACUAGACGAGAUGCUUGAUGAGUUGCAUGGAUCAUGUGUCUUUUCUAAAAUUGAUUUGAAAAGUGGCUAUCACCAGAUUAGGAUGAAGGAAGGUGAUGAGUUGAAAACCGCAUUUAAAACCAAGUUAGGAUUGUAUGAAUGGCUUGUUAUGCCAUUUGGUCUUACUAAUGCACCAAGCGCUUUCAUGUGUUUGAUGAAUCAUGUCUUGAGGUCAUUCAUAGGUUUUGUUGUAGGUGCUGAUGGACUUAGAGUGGACGAGGAGAAAAUCAAAGCCAUCCGAGACUGGCCGAGUCCUUCGACCUCCUUGAGACAUCUUAUGGGUCAACAGAAGCUGAACAAGAGACACGCACGUUGGGUUGAGUUCAUUGAGACAUUUCCUUAUGUUAUCAAGUACAAGCAAGGUAAGGAAAAUGUUGUGGCUGAUGCUUUGUCUCGAAGGUAUACUCUUCUUUCAGCCCAUGAAACUAAACUACUUGGUUUUGAAUUUAUCAAAGAGUUGUAUGUGACUGAUCCGGAUUUCAAAGAAAUAUUUCAGAAAUGUUCCAAAGUGGUUUAUGGAAAAUACUAUCAAAGUUCUGGAUUUUUGUUCUUUGAUAACCGCUUGUGUGUGCCCCAAUGUUCUUUGAGGGAGUUGUUUCUCAGGGAAACUCAUGGAGGAGGUCUUAUGGGACACUUUGGAGUCAAGAAGACAUACAAGACGGUUUAUGAUCACUUCUACUGGCCAAGCUUGAUGAAGGACGUUGAGAGGAUUUGUGGCCGAUGCGUGAUAUGCAAGAAAUCCAAAACAAAGACAUCUAAUCACAGUUUGUAUUCGGCUCUACCCAUUCCUUCUCAUCCUUGGGUAGAUAUUUCUAUGGAUUUUGUUCUUUGUUUGCCUAGGACUAAAACUGGCCGAGACUCUAUCUUUGUGGUUGUGGAUAGGUUUUCAAAAAUGGCUCAUUUCAUUCCAUGUCAUAAAACUGAUGAUGCUGUGCAAGUUGCUGAAUUGUUCUUUAGGGAAAUUGUUAGAUUGCAUGGUAUGCCUAAGACCAUUGUCUCUGAUCGUGAUGCUAAGUUCCUUAGCUAUUUUUGGAAAACUUUGUGGUCUAAAUUAGGAACCAGAUUGAUGUUCUCUACGACUUGUCACCCAUAAACUGAUGGCCAAACUGAAGUAGUGAAUAGAACUUUGUCUGCUUUGCUUAGAUCAUUGGCUAAGAAAAACCUUAAGCAUUGGGAAGAAUGUUUGCCUCAUGUUGAGUUUGCUUAUAACCAUGCUAUGCAUUCUGCUACUAAGUUCUCUCCUUUUGAAGUUGUUUAUGGCUUUAAUCCCUUAUAUCCACUUGAUCUAUUGCCUUUGGCUUUGCCUUUGAGUGAAAGAGUUAGCACAGAUGGCAAAAGGAAAGCAGACACUAUCAAGAAGUUACAUAAGCAGGUCCAUGCAAACAUUGCAGCCAAAACCGAAGGGUACAAAAGAUAUGCAAACAGGAAGAGAAAGGAGGUGAUCUUUGAGGAGGGUGAUCUAGUUUGGGUUCACUUGAGGAAGGAACGGUUUCCAGAAGAAAGAAAGUCUAAACUUAUGCCUCGGGUCAAUGGUUCAUUUCAGAUCCUUAGAAAGAUUAAUGACAAUGCCUAUCAGCUUGAUUUGCAAGGUAAGUAUGAUAUUUCUACAAGCUUUAAUGUGUCUGAUCUUUCUCCUUUUCUUGUAGAUGAUCCAGAUUUGUGGACAAAUCCUUUUAAAGAAGUAGGGAAUGAUGUGCCCCAGUCUAUGGACCAGACCGAUCAGAACAUUCCCGACGUCCCAGCUGAGGUUCAUCCUACCGAUCAGAUCAGACAGAUCCACAGGGCCGUCUAUCGGCUCGACCCGUGAACGUCUGGAUUGGAGCUUCGUCCAGAUCCUCGACCAGAUGCUCGAACUGACCAAACUGAAGGUCGUCUCUCCCGGCCAACUCGACAAACCAAGACUAAUAGCCAAGCCAGACUUGACUUGGAUCAUGCCAGACUUGAAAAGGAUCAUGCCAGACUUGAGAAUAAUCAUGCCAGACUUGAGAAAGAUCAUGCCAGACUUGACUUGGAUCAUGAGGUUUCACACAAUGAUCGAGACUUCUCUCUUUUAGCUCGAUUGGCUCGUACCGCAUGUACGGACGACCGUGCUGAUGAUCUCUCUACCUUGUUCGAUCCAAUCAUGGACUUUUCCUUUGGACAUUUCUCUAAGGCAAGGAUCCUUAAGCUAUCAGAAGACUUGGGUUUUGUUGGAACGAAACUUGUCCGAUCAGAAUGCCCCGCGGCCUUAGCAGAACGUCCCGCGGCCCUUGCUGAUUGUCCCGCCAAUGUGACUGUCCUUACCGCCUUGGGCUUAGCCGGUUCAGAUGCAUCUGGAUGGAAGCCGAUCAGGCACAUUAAUUAAUCUUGUCAUUAUUUUCGUUUAAUGACUACAUCUAGAUCUAGAUCUAAUUUUCUAUUUAAUUCCUAGAUCUACAUAACUCUAUAAGUAUGAAACUCUUUCAUUUUAAUUGAUGAGAAAUCGUUUUCGUCUAAAGUUUGAGUUAAACUCUUUGUUUAGAACUUGUUCUUAGUUUCUUGGUGAGUCAUAUCCAAGUAAACACUUCCUCAAAUCGUUGGUCUUGUGAGGCAUAUCAAGCAACGACGAGAGAUUAUUCAUUUGGUGGACUUGUGAGUCAUAUCAAGCAC